AUGUCCCACAGACCUAGCUUCGUCGUCGCCCUCGUCCGAACCCCCAAUCUCUCCCCCCAAUACGCCCAGUUCCGCGUCCCGCUCAGCUUCAACAAACUCGAUCUGCGCGACUACCUCAAGAACGUCUACGGCGUCGGCGUCCGCAGUAUCCGCAGCUAUGUCGAGAUGCAGCCUGUUACCCGUGUCACGCGCGACGGAAAAGGCCGCGGUCCCAUCCGCCGUCCUAAAUCCGAGAAGCGCAUGACGGUUGAGUUGGUCGAGCCGUUUGUUUGGCCUGCGGAGCCGAAGGAUUUGACCCUAUGGGAAAAAGAAUCCUGGGACGCAAAUGAAGUACACGCAAAGGAAGCGUCCGAAGCCCCGCACGGCCCAACGGACUUUGCAGAGAAACCCAACGAGAAAGAGCGCAAGGCCUACGCAGAACAGGCGAAGGAGAUUCUAGCCGAUCCGGAGUCGUGGCGGCCGACAUGGAAGGCGCUUGGUAUGGACUUUGCGAAUCAGGGUAUGCUGAAGCCGAUUUCGCGGCUUGGGAAGCAGGUGAAGAAGGCGGAUGAGAGUGGGGAGGCUGGCAGGUAG